GCCCUCUCUAACACCUCGAUGGGACGGUCCCAUAAGUGCGUGACCACACGAGGAAGCCACCGUUUGAAAUCAGACAGCAUCAUUUUGGUCGCCUCGUUGCUCUCGUUGUCAGCUUGUGAAUACGCUUUGACCUCGGACACUCAAACCGGCAAGGGCCAAAGGCGGGCGCCGCGAUUUCUUCAUGCUACCGCUCGCUGCGUUCCUGUUGGCCCCUGUCUUCCUAUCCCUAGUCCAAAGCAAAACAAUCCAAUCCUUCGCAGGUCCGUACAUCGCAUUCAGCCAUCUAUACAACCCAUGUCCAUCUCAAGAAACGUUCUUGAUACAGGCCAAAAUAAGUCACUUCAACCCCAGCAGGCCUUACGACUUGCAAACUGUUUUCGCAAAUAUGUCAUUGAAAGAGGAUUUUUCUGACGGAUAUUGGGCAUCUGCUACGAUGGCCGUGCGAUCUAAUAACCAAUGGAAAGAAAACGCUAUUGUGUUUAAUUUUCCACGAAAGGGGUGUUCGGUGAUUCGUGAGCACUUCCCUGACAUGUAUCGAUUUUUCGCGGAGGCGACCGGGACGCCGGUAGCGGACAAGACGGCUCCUUGUGUUUUUCGUAAGGGAAACUACGUCAUGACAGAGCCUCGUCCGGUGAACGCGACGUUUCCCAGCUUUCCGGUUCUGCCCUACGGACGCUACAAGUACCGGGGAACGUUGAGACGAACGAGCACCAGCCCCGUUCCCCUUGCGUGCCUUGAGAUGGACUGCGAAAUAAUUCCGAAACCAUGAGUUGCUUUGGCUAUUACCUUGCCUCACAUUUUAAAGUCAGGUGUGGGUGAAAAUCCUUUUCUCCCCAAAUGA